UUCAAGCGGCCCACAGUGCAUGAUUUGAGAGUUGGCGGAAUCUGCCGCUAGGCCUAGGUCCGCUGUUUACGGCUCGGCUGUGUAGUGUGCGUGAGAAGGUGCUGCAAGAGGCGUGUCUGUAGUUUGUGCUGUUGUUAUUGUGGAGUUCACUGAUAGUCUACUCAUCACAUUGGAAUCGGAUUAUACUUCUGUGUUGAACUGAACUUGAUUUCUCUUGUGGGAGCAAGACGGCCUCACCAUGGAGCAGAAUGAGCACAAGCCUCAUUACAGAACUCUUGAAGAUGAAAGGCUCACUGCAGAUGAGAUGGAUGAGCAGAGGAAGAGGAAUAUUGCCUAUGAAUACCUCUGCCAUUUGGAAGAGGCUAAAAUCUGGAUUGAAGCCUGCAUCAAUGAAGAGUUGCCCACAUCUACAGAGCUCGAGGAAGGCCUGCGCAAUGGCGUGUACCUGGCCAAACUGGGACACUUCUUUGCACCCUCCGUGGCUCCGCUUAAAAAGAUCUACGAUAAAGAGCAAACCAGAUAUAACAGCCGAGGCCUGCACUUCCGUCACACAGAUAACAUCAACCACUGGCUGAGAGCCAUGGACGAGAUUGGCUUACCAUCUAUCUUCUAUCCAGAGACAACAGAUAUCUAUGACCGCAAGAACAUGCCUAGGGCCGUGUACUGUGUCCAUGCUCUCAGUCUAUUCCUUUUCAAGCUGGGUCUUGCACCACAGAUUCAAGAUCUGUAUGGGAAGAUCAAUUUUACAGAGGAAGAAAUUAGUGCCAUGCGAAAGGAGUUGGAUAAAUAUGGAAUUCAGAUGCCAGCAUUUAGUAAAAUUGGAGGAAUUCUUGCUAAUGAGCUCACAGUUGAUGACGCAGCAUUGCACGCUGCGAUCAUCGCCAUCAACGAGGCGGUGGAUCAGCAGGUAGCCGCUGAUACCUACACAGCCAUGCAGAACCCGUCUGCCAUGCUGGUGAACCUUGACUCUGAGAAUGUGGAGCAGUAUCAACAGUUGCUUUAUGAGGCCAAGAAUGUCAAGGCAGAAAAUGCGAAGAACAAGAGUAUAGACCCUGACAGCACAUACGAGCACGAUGUCUACGAUGAGCUUCUCACCCAGGCAGAAAUCCAAGGCAACGUCAGCAAAGUCAAUACAAAUCAAGCCCUGAUCAAAGUAGAUGCUGCGUUCCUGAGUGGAGACAGGGAUGCCCUGCUGGCAGCUCUUCAAUCCCCUGCUCUGGGGCUGAAGAAUGUGAACCCUGACAAUAUUGACUUCUACAUUGCAAAGUUGGCCCUGCUUCGUCUAGGGAAAUCUGAGAGCGCUGAGGCUGACAUUGCCCUCAGUAAAGAUGAGAUUCAGAACGCUGUGAAUGAGGCCAACUUGGAGGCUGACUCAGAGUAUCAGAAGUCUCAGAUGGUGCUGAAUGUGAACCAGGCUUUAUCCUCACGUGACGCGGAACUGCUGAUGAAAGCAUUGCAGAACCCGACCCUCAAACUGGGAGGCAUUCACUCCUCAGCCGCUCAGCUCUACGUGGAGGAACUGGCGAGCAUGAGGGAGGAGAAGGGAGAGGACCUGGACUUCAAUGACAUUGAGGCAGCUCUCAAGGUGAUUGCUGCUGUUGUGGCUAUCAACAAAGCCAUCGAUGCCGGUGACCCCCAUGUGACCUUCACUGCUCUUCAGGAACCAGAUGCUCACAUCCUUGACCUUGAUGAAUCUAUUGAAGAGAAAUAUCAGACCAACCUGGCUACACAGAAGUCUAACAAAGCAGACCAACCCAAUGACCUGCUAACCCAUGGGGAGAUACUGGCUUGUAUUGAAGGUGUGCACACUCAAGUCCAUGAAGAACAUGAAAUUAGCCUCACUUGCGUUUCCCAUGGUACUGUUUCUCCAGGAAUUAAAGCUAUCACCCAGAUCAACGAAGCUAUUGACAAAGGUGAGGAGGCAGAGACAGUUCAAGCAUUGCAACUAUCAGCUGCCAAACUCCGCGACAUUCAGCCUGAACAGGCCCUUCAUUAUCAGAUUCUGCUAGCCAGACAGAAAGACAAGAAAGCAGAGGAUAACAAUGAUGAUGCAGCUGUCCUGUGGCUGGAGGAGAUCCAAGCCUGUGUGGACAAAGCGAAUGCGAACUGCCAAGAAGGACUGAAGAUGUCUCGAGGCGUCGCUUCUGUGAACCAAGCUCUGAAGGAAGAUAACAAGGAGGCUCUUUUGACGAGCUUGACCUCAUCUGAAGUGAACGUCCACAGCGUCACAGGAGACUGCAUAGAGGGUUACCAGCAGGCCUUGCUGGCUGCUGUGCAAGAGUCGUCCAAAGAAGGUGAGACCGGCAGUGGCUGGAUGAUGAACAGGCUGAAGGAUGGCACCAAAUUCUUCUACAACAUUGAGACCGGAGCUCAUGCCUGGACUCGUGGAGACAACAUCAUUAAGGACUACGCUCUACUCAACAAGGAAGAUAUUCAGAGGGUAGUGUCUGAAGUGACAGCUGAGUACGACAGAGAGAUGCUGUUCAAGUCAAAUGAAGGUCUCAUCACCAAGAUCCAAGCAAACGUUCGAGGUCACCUGGCAAGGAAGGCGUACAAAGAGAGGAAGAACUUCAUGAAUACACAGCUGCCCGCUAUUCUCAAAAUUCAAGCCUGUUGGCGAGGUGCAAAACAAAGGCACAAGUACAAGGAUCGUGUGAAUUUGCUUAAAGACAACACAGAUUCUGUCAUUUUGCUUCAAUCCUAUUACAGAAUGUGGAAAGCAAGGACAGCUUACAGGAACAGACUGAAAUAUUUCAAAGACAAUGAAGAUGCAAUCGUCAAAAUACAAGCAUACUUCAGGUCCAACUUGGCACGGCAAGAUUACAAAGCCCUUACUACAGAUGAUAAUCCAUCUCUUGGUGUUGUGAGAAAAUUUGUUCACCUCCUGGAUGCAAGUGAUAAUGAUUAUUCUGAAGAAUUAGAGCUGCAAAAACUGCGCCAGCAGGUUGUGGCUGAGAUCCGAUCGAACCAGCAGCUGGAACAAGAUCUUGACCAGAUGGACAUCAAGAUCGGCCUGCUCAUUAAGAACAGAAUCACCUUGCAGGACGUGGUGACCCACAACAAGAAGCUGACCAAGCGCACGUCGGACGACCCCCAGCUGCGGGGCGGCGGCCUCAAGGCCCUCAGUAAGGAGAACCACGAGCGGCUGGAGACCUACCAGCACUUGUUCUACCUGCUGCAGACCUGUCCCAACUACCUGGCUAAGCUCAUCUUCGAGAUGCCCCAGUCCCGCACCACCAAGUUCAUGGAGGCCGUCAUCUACUCCCUGUUCAACUACGGAGCCAACCAGAGGGAGGAGUACCUGCUGACCAAGCUGUUCCAGACUGCGCUGGAGGAGGAGAUCAAGAGAAUCUCCAAGGUUGACAAGAUGACAGACAUCGUCACAGGCAAUCCAUUGGUAGUGAAGAUGAUAGUGGGAUUCAACAGGAACCAGCGUGGCCAGAAUGCCCUGAAGGAGAUGCUGAGUCCUCUGAUCACCAGCGUCAUCGAGGACAGAAAUCUGCGCAUCAACACUAACCCUGUGGAGGUGUACAAGGCCUGGGUCAACCAGACAGAGUCCAGCACUGGCAAAGCCAGCGGUCUGCCAUAUGAUGUGUCAACGGAACAAGCCCUUAAACAUGAAGAAGUCCGUACACAGAUAGAAGAAACUAUCAAGCGACUGCAGGGAGUCACAGAUCGUUUCCUCAACAAGAUCCUCUCUUCUUUAGACAGCAUCCCGUACGGGAUGCGUUACAUGGCCAAAGUAAUGAGGGAGUGCCUGUUGAAGAAGUUCCCAGAUGCACCAGAAAAAGAUGUUUUAAAGAUUGUUGGCAACCUGCUGUACUACCGCUACAUCAACUCGGCCAUUGUGGCCCCUGAUGCUUUUGACAUCAUCAACGUCGGGGCGGAGAAAGCUCUCAGCAGUGACCAGAGGCGUAACCUGGGCUCCAUCGCCAAAAUAUUACAGUUUGCAGCUUCUAACAAAGGGUUUGGGGGAGAGAGUGCGUACUUGGCCAGCAUGAAUGACUACAUCAGAAACGCCCAUGAAAAAUUCAAGAAGUACUGCCUGUCAGCGUGUGAUGUUGAGGAGCCAGAAGCUCGGUUUAAUGUGGAUCAGUACAGUGAUGUCACCAUGAUUGCCAAGCCAGUCGUGUACAUCUCUGUGGGGGAGAUUGUGGAUACACAUCAGCUUCUGCUCAAACAUCAAGACACAAUUGCGCCCGAGGGUGGCGAUCCCCUCCAUGAACUGCUGGAGGAACUGGGCGAGGCCCCGACCAUCGACGAGCUGCUGGGUACAGAACUCACGGGUGAUGAAGCUGCUAACGACGCACUGCGCUCGCAGAUGGCGAAAACGGAAAUCUCUCUGACGCUGUCCAGCAAGUUUGAAGUUCACACAGAUGACAAAGCAGAUAUGAAGUCUUUGCUUAUAAGGACAAAGCGUAUGAUCGUUGACGUGAUCGCCUGCCAGCCGGGGGACAACCUGGUGCUGGUGCUGGACGCUCCGUGCAACCAGCAGCAGGAGGAGCUGCAUCAGGCGCUGGUCAAGAAGCGGGACCUCAUCGACAAGAAGGCCACACAGACGCAGAAGGACAAGGGCCAGAAGCUUGUCAGACACGCCUCCAUCUUAGGGGAUACCAGGUUGCCAAUUGAGGUGAUGAAAACCAAGGUGAAAGCCAACCUCCAAAGCCUGGAGUUGGCCGGGAUGGUGAGCAAACAAAACAAAUAUCAGGCGUUGCUCAACUCCAUUGUGCAGGACAUUCGCAACCAGCGUCGCUACAGAAAUAACCGCAAGCAAGAGCUGAUGCGUCUCCGGGCCACCAUCAAGAGUCUGAGUGAAAAGCGCACGUUCUACGAGUCUCAGAUCGACUAUUACAACCAGUACGUGAAGACAUGCAUGGACAACUUGCAGCAGAAGACCAAGAAAAAUCGCAAGUCUGGCUUGUUCCACCGUGGAGACAGCAAGAAGCAGGGAUCUGUGACGUACACGGCCACACGCCUCCACGAGAAGGGAGUGGUUCUAGAGAUAGAGGGCUUGCCCCAGAACCAAUUCAAGAAUGUUGUCUUUGAGAUUGGGGCCACGGAAGAUCCUGGGGUGUUCUCUGUCAACGCCAAGUUCAUGGGAGUGCAGAUGGACAAAGUGGAGCUGGUCUUCCAGGACUUGCUUCAGCUCCAGUAUGAGGGUGUGGCCGUCAUGAAAAUGUUCAACAAAGCCAAGAUCAACGUCAACCUGCUCAUCUUCCUCCUCAACAGAAAAUUUUAUGGCAAACAGCUCGGCAAAUAAGGCAGACUUUUUUAGGCUUAGAUAUUUUAUAUUAACCCCUCCAUUAUUUUCUUUUUCCCCAACCCCAGCUUUUGAAGUUUGUUAAUAAACAAGAAAAGAACAUUCUUUCCCUCCUUAAUGAUGUUGUUUUAAGCGUGAAUCUGAUAUAUUCCAGUGGUGCUCUAGUUUUUAUUGCGGUCCAAUUUUACAGUCUUAUUCACACGUGUUUGCGCACACAUGCUGUUUUACGACUUUUUUCUUUUCUUUUGCUGGAAAUGAUUGUUAAGUACACAGUGACGGAAAUGUUCACCCUAUGCACAAUAAUCAUGGUUACUAAACAGUGAUGAUCCUUCUGUUGAGGGUAUCGGUUUAGCGGUCUGUGUACUGUAUCAACCACUGCUUGUUUGUUUCCUGUUACUUUUGGCAUGAGAGUAUGUUGGGAGUCUGUGGUAGGCGCACGUUGGGUGUAGUCACUCACGUGGUGUGGUCAUCUCGCAUACGGCAGGCACCACAGUGGUUUGUGUCUUUCGUGUUUGUUAUGCAGUAAACCCUGAGAUUAUAGAAACAAGGUCAAUGUUGAUGCACAAAUCUCGCUGAGAUCUGAAGAUAUGACUUGUACACUGUUUUAGAAAUGUGACUGUUGUGUGAUACUCGGCUUGUACAUGUACAUAUAUAUACCUUACUGUCCACACUAGUGAUAAUGUUAUAUGUUGUAGGUGCUGCUUCUCUUUGUCCAUCUUUCAUUUCUGUCUGUCUUGCUUUUUCUUAUGCCAAUUGACCAUGCGUGUGCCAAUAUGCUUCUCUUCUAUUCAGAUAAACUAUAAGCAAUGUGGAAUUGAUCAAAAAUAGCUUGUUUGGGUACCUUUUAUUUAAAAACCAGGACAACUUUCAUUUACUUUUCACUUUUUUCUAUAUUCACUGAGCGAGUGUGGCUUUAAAUGUGUUUAAGUUGCUUGACUUUGAUAGGUAUCAAGUUAGGUAAUUGUAACUGAAUCCUAGAAAGAAUAAUUUUAGCUUUUUUUUGCUUUCCUAAUCUGUUUUUAUGUAUUGUAGUAUGACAAGCAAUAGCUGACUGCUGUUUUGAAUGUUUUUUUAACCAUUUAUCAUGUACCCAUUUAUGUAGGGUUUUUAGAGUAUACUCAGUCUUUUCAAUGUCUCUGUAAGUAUAUACAACUAUGCAAAAUUUUUAGAAAACUGACAUCUACACAGGUACCAAGUGAACAUCUUUGUGGUUGAGAUCUGUUGAAUUUCUGUUUUGUUAUAUGUUUUUCCAUCUCCGUGAUACUACCUGAAAUACAGAUCUGUAUUAGAAUGGAAACAAGGCAGCCAAUGAAUACUUUACAAUAAAUUUUGUGAACAAAGUUAUCUAUUUAGCUCAUGUUCUUUUUCUUUUCAGUGCUUCCAUUCAUUGAAAGUUGUUAGUUGUCACUUGUGGCUUUGAUUGUGUUUGGAUUUUCUCUUUCUGGUUUCCAUAUAUUGAAAAUUUAGAAAAUUAAUUUGUUUUCUUCUGGAAAAAGGUGCAUCCCAAACUUAAACUUCAAUACUCUGUUGACUGGAGAGGUUAGGAUUGAUGCCUUGGUGCCUUUUGAGACAGAUAUUAGCCAGUGAAAUUGUUUUUGGUGCCUCUUGAUUGCAUAAGGAGAUUUUUCAAUUGAAGAAAAAAAAAAUAGAACCUGGUUGAUGAUAUGUGCCAAAACUUACAGUUGGGAUUGUGCCAAUGAGAACUCUGCACAUGGCAGAAGGUGACCAGCAGUGUUUACAUGUUUUUCUCUCUUCAGUUUCUCAUGAGUUGUCAAGUAAUGGUGCGCCAAGACAUGAGGUUCUUGAUGUGCAAGUUCUAAUUCAUUAAUGUUAUCUUUACCUUGCAGAGUUAUAGAAGCUCUAGUCAUUUUUGUAUAGUCUGUCUAGUGCUGACCAUUGUUCUACCAAGUGUAGGAGGAAGUCUUCUGAAUGAAACCCUGACUAGCACGAGUGUUGGCUGUAUUUUCUUUUCCCCACUCUCCCUUCCCCCCGCCCUCCCUCUCUCUGGUACCUUAGGUCAAAGGUGAAGAGAUUAAAAUCAGCACUGACUGCCAGCUGUACAUAGAAUCCUCUUGAAGGAUUUUUAGAACCACUCUGUUGCUGUUAUUUCAUUUUAUGAAUCUUUAAAACUCUUAAGACUGAAAAAGUAUAUCUGGUUUUUGAUGAUCUGAAUUAGCUUUUUACUUCUUUUUUUUUUCUUUUACCAAAUAUGAAUGUAUAUAACUAUAAGUUUCGUUUUGUUUCAUUUUCCUACUUGUUUUCUCAAUGAUUAGGUCUGUGAGGUUUUUGUCUCAGUCAUAUGUUAGUUCAAGUUUCAUUCUUCGUUGUUUUUCCUAAAAGUUGAAUGUUCCCUGUCCAUCUUGUGCCUGUUCAGUUGGUGUUACUUGUCGAUCACUUUCUUCUUGCAUUCUAUCUGAGAUUGGGCAGCUAUGACUUGUUAUGGCUGUGUUUUACUUUUAAUGAAAUGUCUCUUUUAUGAAAUUACAAACACUUUGUCCACGCGCCUUUUAUUUUCUUUUUAACUUGUACUAGUACCAUAAUAGUUUUUGAGAGACUGCAAGUCAAGACAGCAAGAACACUGGUAGAAAUAAAGUGAUAACAACAAGGCUUCGGAGUCGUGUUAAGUUCAGGGUGGGAGAUGAGGACUUUCCUAUCAUCCGUCAAAAUUGGACAGUGCAAAUGAAAGAAUCAAUAUUUAUUUUUAACUGACAUGAUGUUUCAUUCAGUUUGGUAACAAAUUACUUUGAAUUACAUGAUGUGCAAUGUCCACCUUCCUUUUCAUUUCUGUGCGUUAGGUGGAAGUUUUUAUGCUACUGUUAAGGCAAAAUGUGAUGAAACAUUCCUUUUUGAACUCCAUAAAUUUGUUUGUGAACAAAGUUCAAAAGUUGAAAGCAAAACAGAGGGACAACUUAAAGGGAGUCAAUAUUUGUAUAUUAUGGUUUGCCCUUUUUGAAUUCUAACUGCUGUCCCUGUCAUUUUUAUAUAUUGAAAUAUUUUAGAAUUGUUUCUGUGAUCCCUUAUUGAUGCUGGGACAAAGGGCGACAUUUCCCGACCUUUCUGCCCAGGUCUUCUUGUUGUUUUACCACAAAGGAUAUUUGAAAUUUACUUCAAAGCUUGUGAGUGUGGUCCGGUCACCUUGUUUAUUGGAUGUCUCAAGUAAAUGUACCGAUGGCCAACAGGCACAUAUAUACAUAGUGCAUAUACAAUGAACAACAUCAUAGUAUUGUAAGUUACUGAUGUUCAUGAUGCAUUCAUCAAGAAAGUUUUUUUGUUGAACAAACUGUUAGCAAAUGAUCUUAUGUGUAUACAAGUGCCUUAUGAGAAUUGUCUCACUUGUGCAGGGAAGAGAUUACGCUUGGCACAUAUCACAAUCCAAUGCUGUAUCAGUAAAGAAAUGAAGUCUGUGAAGAUUUUAUUUUUUCAAAAUCAGUUAUUUUUCAUCUAAACAUCUUCUGAACUGUUUCUUGAAAGUGAGACUUUUCACUGUCAAUAGGUAUUUUCAGUAAAAAAAAUUUCAUCAGGGA